AUGCAAAUGGGUCUUUUGGGGAUAUAUAUGCGAAUAGCAGACGAUUUUCACAGUUUGAGUUUAGUCGCCAUGUCGCCUCACUGGUUAGCGGUCGGUCUCCUCGUCACUGCCUCGCUCGGACAGGCUCUGCCGAACAUGAGGAAGGAUGCUACCUAUCUUCCGCCCAUCAUUACCGAGGGUCCUGACAUUUUGUACAGCGAGAGGUCUGCAGAUAAGGAUCGGAAUGUAGAGAACAACAGGGCUGAACACCUCACCGGGAAUCAUCAUGGCGACGAGGGAGACGACAUCUUACUCACAGAGGAACAGCUCGCAGCAGCUAACCUGAGCAGGCUGGAGGGGGAGGAAUUGCUCGAGAAAUUGGGGGACACGAUGCUGACCCCGGAGCAGCUGGCCGCCAUCCUCAACAGGAAGGCGAUCGACGACGUCACUAAACUCUGGCCUGAUGUCAACGGCUUCCCUGAAUUCCUUAUACCUUUGAGGAGGGUUUGGUCUCUAAAUGACUCUCCAGACCUGGUUGACAAGGCAAUCGUCCGGGGCGCCAUCCAGCACUGGACCAGCAACACCUGCCUCACCUUCACCGAGGUCCCGAACACCAGCACUGGAGAACGCAUUAAGUUCAUCCGCCACGCUUCCUCCUGUAACUCUUACGUGGGAAUGGUCAGCGGCAGCGAAGGACAGAUCAUCAACGUGCCCGUGUGGUGUGAGCUGUGGUUUAGCGAUCUGGUGCACAUUGUCGGACACGCCUUGGGCCUCUUGCAUGAGCAAUCGAGGUCAGACCGAGAUGCACACGUCCUAAUUCUCCCACAAAACAUCAGGUCAGCGGAGCUUCAUAACUUUAACCUCAUGACGACCAACAAUUAUGGUGUGCCGUAUGACUAUUCCUCAAUUAUGCAUUACGAUGCGCAGGCCUUCUCUCUGAACAGCCGCAAUACCAUCGUGACCAAAGACCCGAGAUUCCAAGCUGAAAUUGGCCAGCGCGAAGGCCUCUCCCACAUGGACAAGCUCAUAGUAAACACCAUGUAUGGCUGUACAGAUAAACUCCUCAUCUCUUGCGGACUAGUUAGUGAUCCCUGUCAGAAUAAUGGUUAUUUAGGAAGUGACUGCACUUGCGUGUGUCCUGAUGGAACUUCAGGGAGCAACUGCGAGACUGUUGAUACACUCUAUAAUGAUGCUAUCCUACAUUUCAAUACUGAGGUCGUCACCGUUGAGAAAAAUAUUUCAACCGUGAACUACCCUGAUGUUUUCCCUCUUGGUAAGUAUUGUUAUACAGUCUCAGUUCAUUACUCUCUAGCCAUUGCGUUUUUUUUUUUUUUUUUUUUUUUUUUUGUGCCGGGUUGGGAACCCUUGUUCGGUUUCAAAUGGAUAAUCGCCCCCGUGUGUAAUGAAGUAAAACUGACCUUUACGGCAUUCGACGUGUACACAGAGGCUAUACAAACGAUAGACGGCGUCAACACACUCGGCUGUUGGCGAGAUGCCCUUGAAAUCAGGACUACUGCUGCAACGGAAGGGCAGUGGUUCUGUGGGACGGAUAUUUCGCCUGGCCAAGAGUUCCAGUCUGUUGGAGGAGAAAUGAUUCUUUAUUUCAAAGUUGGGACAUUUUUCAAAACCGGUUGGUCGGCUGACAUCACCUUUGUUCCCAUUCCUUCCUGCGUGCCUUCGGAAACAACUACCACCACGACUACAAGCACAAGCACAAGUACUAGUACGACCACAACUACAAGUACAAGUACCAGUUCGACUACAACCACAACGGCCUUGGUUGGUCAGUGUACCUCAUACACAGAAAACGGACGGACUUAUUUCAUUUCUCCAAACUUCCCUGAAUAUUAUCCACCAAACGCGCACUGUACCCUUUCAGGAAUUACAGAGGAGCUCGCCACAGUGAACUUAUUCAUCAGGGUUCUUCGUCUGCGUGCUGGCGACACCCUUGUGAUUCAGAACCCUUACACGCCGCCGCUAACCCUGUCGGGAAAAAAAAGACGAUAUAGGAACAUCAUCCCCAGUGCAACAAUUCCUCGCUACUUUCACGCCAAUGCGUCGGAGAGGGGAAGGGUUUCCAUCACUUUAAACCAAAAACUUCCUCUUCCCCCAAGAAAAGCGUCGGUAGGCAAUAAAGUUCAGCUGACCUUCACGCACAUGCGCCUGGGAACCUACGCCAAGAACUUCGUGGCUGUGAACCCAACCACCGACCUUUACUACACCCCUGGUUCUGUCCUCUCCUUCAAUGGCUUCGCACUCCCGCCGAACGUCAUUUCGGACUCGAACCUCAUGAGGAUCUUCUUCUCCGGCAAGAGGAGGAGCAGGGGCUUCAGGCUGUUGUAUAAUGAGAGAGCUAAAGUUGCCUCGGGAAAUGCAAGAGCCAGCACUGACAUGGAGGUCAUGAACGCCUGCCGAGGUCAUACAAAGGACAUGGGCAGUGCAGGUGUUAAUGCCAAAGAGAAGUAA